UAAUAAUAAUGCUUAAUACAUACUGCUUGAACUCGGAGAUACCUACCAAAGGGCAAAAAGAGAGAGAGAGAGAGCUGCAUUUGCCCUCAAUGUCUGUGUCUAUAAAUUAUGCUUACACUCCUUCUCCUUUACUCUCUUUCUUUCUAUUUAAUAAUAAUGCAUCUAUCUUCUCUUACUCUCUUUGUCUCGUUGUCUGCACUAUAUCUUUUUGGUCAACCCGCCUUUUGUAAACCAGUUCCGCAAUACUACCCUCCACAAGGUUAUCCUCCACAGGGUUAUCCUCCACAGGGCUAUCCUCCAGUAACUCCUCAGUACCCGCCUGGUCAAGCUCCUUCUCCUUCACAACCCUUAGGCAGUCCUUUAGAUAGUGUAACUAGUGGACUAGGUAAUGUAGUUCAACUUGACCUUUCAAAACCGGCAACUCUUCCUGGUCUUCCUGCAGUAGCGCCUUUACCAGGCGUGCCUUCUGGCCCAACAUUACCAGAUUUAUCAGGAGCACUUGGUGGAGCGCAACAACAAGACUAACAGGACUGACUCAAUAGAUCACAUGCCUCUUUUAAUAUUAAUA